GAAGUGAUUCGCGCUGCUAAUGGGUGCAAAGAGAUCAGUGAAUUGUGGUCUUUUGAUUUUGACAGCGAUUGUGGUUCUUGCUAUAAUUGUUGCUGUUGUAAUGAUCGUAAUGAAAAAGCAUAAGAAAGAAGAAACCAGCACGGAGACAACUAAGUCCACCACAGCUGCGACUACGAUCAUGCGAAGUACUACCGUAUCAACACCAAGCACUCCGACAAGACCAACACGCUACCCUGAUCCUUCGAGGCCAACGAUGACUGUACCUGAUCACCCUUCGCGAACAGGGACAACACGAUCAACAUUCUCUACUGUGUAUUCGGAAACAGAUGCGACGUCUACUGCGAACGGCACACCACAUUCAGGAACUACCUUGUUAACGAGCACAAAAACGAUUACUACUGCUACAGAACAUUUACAAACUACAGGGCAAGCCCAGUCUUCAACUCCAGGUAUGGUGCUUACGUUUACAAAGUGCGGAUAG